GCGCAGAAAAUACUUCGAGUGUCGAGUUCUGAGAAAUGUCACGGUUUCUUUGCCCUUGUCUGCCUUUGUUUCGAUGUUUCUAGAUUUGAAUGUGGCCGAAAACCUCAGCCAUGAAUAAUUAGGAGUCAUUGACUUUGGUUUGUUCCAUAUUAUUGGCGCUAUUAUCGAGUUUUCGAUGGCAGAACUACCGCGAGGGCUAAGUUGCUCCGUCUGCUACAACAACUUCAAAUCCGACGAGAUUCAGUAUGUACCGAGGAAUUUGAUCUGUGGACAUACAUAUUGUACAGGAUGUUUGAACAAGUUAGCUUUUCAAGCCCGAAACCCUGGAGUGAUUUGCUGCCCUACUUGCAAAAUAGACACAACACUAUUUCCAAAAACAUUUGAGUCUGUCAGAAAUCUUCCCAAAAACUUUGGAGUCCUCGAAAUUCUUGAGGGGAAAGAAGAAGCUCAAACAGAUGGAAUUCAGAAAGAGAAAGAAAAGAACAAAUACCUUUGUCCUGAACAUGAUGAAGCUCUGAAAGUGUAUUGUUACACAGAUAACUGUUUGAUCUGCAUCUAUUGCCAGGUAUAUGGCAAGCAUGUAGGUCAUAAAUGUGAGCUUGCCACAAACAUUGCCACGUCAACCCGUGAAGAACUCCGCAGCUUGUCCAAGAAAUUGGGAGAUCAUUAUGAUACGAUCAAGAAAGCUAGAAGAAAAGUGAUUGAUACAAAGGAAUCCAUACUAAACACUCAAGACUAUGUGCGAAACAGGAUCUUCAAGCACAUGGGAGUGUUACGAGCUUGCAUAAGCAGACGAGAAACAAUGCUUAAGUGCGAUGUCGAUGAAAGAACAACUAGGAAGACAAAACCUUUGGAUGAGCAGGAGAGUCUCAUGUCAGAAAUUAUAAACAAGUGUGACUUGGCGUAUUCCAUGAUCCAGAAGUACCAGGAUAACGACAGCGCUUUGAUUGACGAGAAGCAGAACAUUUACAAACUUGUUGAUGAGGUGUCGACUCUUGUGGAGAAGUGUGAACUAGAGCCUCAAGAAGUAGACAAUCUCACAUAUUACUUUGAGUAUGAUAUUGCCUGCACUCUGGAGACUCAAAUUGGUGAAGUGAGGUAUCUAAAGCCUGGUGAAAAAGAGAACCCUUUUGCUGGGCUGAACAAACAUGAGUUGUCAAAGAAGAAGAUAUGUCAUGAUGCAGAGUCACAGACUGAAGAUCUUCGUGCAGAUAGGGAUCACCCUCUGUUUGCAAGUUUGUUACAAGGACUAGAGGAAAUUGUUCAUACUGGCUUGACAGUGCAAUCAUGGGACAACAGACCGGCCCUUGAGUUACAUGUACAUGAAGCUGAUAGUUCUGAUCAUAGCAGCUCUGAGUCAGCUCUUGAGGACAUGGAUGGUCCCUCUGCUCAUUCAGAAGAUGAAGAAAAUGACGUCAAUGCUAAUGACAAUGAUGACGAUGACAAGAGUGAAGGUGAACUUGAGGGAGCGGUAGGAGGGGAGACAUUGCCUACCAUGCAAACAGAUUCUGGAAACAAUGAAGAAAGAAGAACAAGUCUACUGGAUGAGCUGCAAAAAGAGAUAGACAGAUUACGGCUUCUCAGCCCCACUGGGGAUGCCAUUUCCUUGACAGAUGGAGCAACUGAAGCAGCUGCUAAUCACACCAAUUCGGAAGGUAUGAUACAAAUAUUAUCAAUGAUAUCCAAAGAUACACAUGGCUAGUAACCGAUAAAAAUU